UCCGUUUGAGUACAUGAUCCUGGCCACCAUCAUCGCCAACUGUGUGGUCCUUGCUCUGGAGCAGCAUCUUCCUGGAGAGGACAAGACGCCCAUGGCCAAGAGACUGGAGAAGACAGAGCCCUAUUUUAUUGGAAUCUUCUGUUUUGAAGCCGGCAUCAAACUGGUAGCCCUGGGUUUUGUUUUCCACAAGGGAUCCUACCUGAGGAACGGCUGGAACGUCAUGGAUUUCAUUGUCGUCCUCAGUGGGAUCUUGGCCACUGCUGGAGCUCACAUGAACAUCCCGGUGGAUCUAAGGACUCUGAGAGCGGUGAGAGUACUGAGACCCCUCAAACUCGUCUCAGGAAUCCCAAGUUUGCAGAUUGUUCUGAAGUCCAUCAUCAAAGCCAUGGUUCCACUGCUGCAGAUCGGCCUCCUGCUUUUCUUCGCCAUCCUGAUGUUCGCCAUCAUCGGCCUGGAGUUCUACAGCGGCAAGCUGCACCACACCUGCUCUCCCAGACCAGACAUCCUCGAUAACGAAACGGUCGACUCCUCCGAGGUGGAGUUCACCUGCGGGGUACGAAAGUGUCCGGACAAGUACGACUGCAACAACACGUGGAUCGGACCGAACGAUGGCAUCACUCAGUUCGACAACAUCCUGUUUGCCGUGCUCACGGUCUUCCAGUGUAUUACCAUGGAGGGAUGGACCGCCGUGCUUUAUAACACUAAUGAUGCGCUUGGUCCCACGUUUAACUGGAUGUACUUUAUUCCCCUCAUCAUUAUCGGCUCCUUCUUUGUGCUGAACCUGGUUCUGGGUGUCCUUUCAGGUGAGUUUGCUAAAGAGAGAGAGCGUGUGGAGAACCGACGAGCCUUCAUGAAGCUCAGACGACAGCAGCAGGUGGAGAGGGAGCUGAACGGCUAUCGUGCCUGGAUAGAUCGAGCGGAGGAAGUGAUGCUUGCGGAGGAGAAUAAGAACUCUGGGAGAUCUGCAUUAGAAGUGCUGAAACGAGCCACAAGCAAGAAAAACGCAAGACGUCGUGGAGAGGAUAAAUACUCUGAAAUCUCAACAGUUGGUGGUCCGCGACCUCCAGUGAAUAUUCGUACGGUGAGGCGCGGUCCUGCUGCUUACCUGCGACGUAAAGAACGAAUGCUGCGCUUCUCCAUCCGCCGCAUGGUCAAGACGGACAGUUUCUACUGGAUCGUGCUCAGUUUAGUGGCCCUCAACACCAUCUGUGUGGCCAUCGUCCACCACAACCAGCCCGAGUGGCUGACCGUCCUACAGUACUAUGCAGAGUUCGUGUUUCUGGGGCUCUUCCUCGCCGAGAUGUUUCUGAAGAUGUACGGCCUCGGCUUCCGCCUCUACUUCCACUCCUCCUUCAACUGCUUCGACUGUGGGGUGAUCAUUGGCAGCAUCUUUGAGGUGGUUUGGGGAUUCUUUAGACCCGGGACGUCCUUCGGCAUCAGUGUCCUCAGAGCUUUACGACUGUUACGAAUCUUUAAAAUCACCAGGUACUGGGCUUCCUUAAGGAACUUGGUUGUGUCUCUGAUGAGCUCUAUGAAGUCAAUCAUCAGCCUGCUGUUCCUGCUCUUCCUCUUCAUCGUGGUUUUCGCUUUGCUCGGGAUGCAGCUCUUCGGUGGAAGAUUCAUCUUUAAAGACUACACUCCUGCUAAUUUUGACACAUUUCCAGCAUCUAUCAUGACCGUCUUUCAGAUUCUGACGGGUGAAGACUGGAAUGAGGUGAUGUAUAACGGGAUCCGUUCUCAGGGAGGAGUGCAGUACGGCAUGUGGUCGUCCAUCUACUUCAUCGUACUCACGCUGAUUGGAAACUACACGUUGCUGAAUGUCUUCUUGGCCAUCGCUGUGGAUAAUCUCGCCAAUGCACAGGAACUUACAAAGGAUGAAGAGGAGGAGGAAGAGUUCUUUAAUUCGAGGUAUAAGGGUCGGGAGUUUGGUCUAUCUGAAAGAAGACGAAGGCCGUACCUCUACAGAAAGAGAGCCAUUCACAGAGGCCGGCCGAACCCGGCUGAGGCGGAGGAGGAGGCUGCAGGCGUGAAAGGCUGUGAGGAUCAGCCCCCCAAUGCCUUCGCCAACCGGCGCGACCGACGCAACAAGAUCAAGAUGUCCGUGUGGGAGCAACGUGCCAACCAGCUGCGCAGACGCCGCCAUAUUGCCAGUCGUGAGGUUCUAUUCGACAACCCAGGUGAAGACCCUCUGGCCACACCCAAUAGCGGUGCUGGACCCCAAGCGUCCCCCGACGCCAGCCCGGCACACCUACCUGAGUCGCCCAUGUCUGUCAUCAUGCCUUUGCCAGAACCUCCAAUGUCCAUCCCUCUCCCUGAACCACCUGAAUCUGAGCCGGUGUCUUUGGAGGAAAUCCAAGCAGGCACUGUUAAUCGAUCUAAUACUGACAGGAGACAUCGGGUGGCACGGAAGUUUCGGGCUGCAGCGGCUGUGGGAGUGGUGCAGGGGGGUCGGCACCGCAGGCACAGGCAUCGUGAGUCUAGGACGGACACUAAAAAUGAAGAUGACGAACAUUUCCAGGAAGGAAGGGACGACGGGGAGGCCUCGCAGUCCAGGCAAAGCUUGCUCACAGAUGACAGGGAGCCUCACCAGCAACCCGAGCCAGACGAUGAACAGCAGAGGGAGGGUACACGUGAGACUGAGGUCACUUCACAGGAGUCUGGUCAUCAGUGCACUUGCACAACUCUGGGAGAAGAAGGUGAAGCCAAGUUCUGCCCACAGCACCGUGUGGAAAACGCUGCAGAUAUAAAUUACCUCUCAGGAGAAGCCAUCGAUAAUGAGAACAAUGCCUGCUAUCUGAACCAGGGCGAGGCAAUGACGGAAACAGGCAUGAUGCGAGAGAUGUCAGCACAGCCACUGCUGGAGCUGACACCAAUGACUGUCACUUUUAAGGAUGUCGAAGCGGGUUACCCUGAAAAGACUGGGAAGGAUGACGACGAUGAUGAUGAUGAUGAAGAUGAUGAUGAUGAUGAAAUGGACGAUGAUGGACCAACCAAAGCUGUCCAACCUGAAGCACCAGAUAGCAUGUUUAUUUUCAAAAGCAGAAACCCGAUUAGAAGAAUAUGCCACUAUGUGGUCACUUUGCGCUACUUUGAGAUGACCAUCCUUCUGGUGAUUGUAGCGAGCAGCAUUGCGCUGGCCGCAGAGGAUCCUGUGUGCACCAACUCAGAGCGCAACCGGGUUCUCCGUUACUUUGAUUAUGUUUUCACUGGUGUCUUUACAUUCGAAAUGAUCAUAAAGAUGAUCGACCAGGGUCUCAUUCUGCAUGAUGGCUCAUAUUUUAGAGACCUGUGGAACAUUUUGGACUUCAUUGUUGUGGUUGGAGCUCUUUUCGCUUUUGCUCUCACGAAUGUAAUGGGAAACAACAAAGGCAGAGACAUCAAGACCAUCAAGUCUCUGCGGGUGCUGAGAGUUCUCCGGCCACUGAAGACCAUAAAAAGGCUUCCAAAGCUAAAGGCGGUGUUCGAUUGUGUGGUGACCUCUCUGAAGAACGUCUUCAACAUCCUCAUCGUGUACAAGCUCUUCAUGUUCAUCUUCGCCGUCAUUGCUGUUCAGCUUUUCAAAGGGAAGUUCUUCUACUGUACGGACGGAUCCAUGGGAACUCAGAGAGAAUGCCAAGGUUACUACAUCGAUUACGGGAGGGACAGGAAGGAGGUGAAGAAGAGGGAAUGGAAGCGGCACGAGUUCCAUUACGAUAAUGUCAUGUGGGCUCUGCUCACACUCUUCACCGUAUCCACAGGAGAGGGCUGGCCCCAGAUUCUUCAGCAUUCAGUAGAUGUGACUGAGGAAGACCACGGCCCGAGCCGAGGCAACCGCAUGGAGAUGUCUAUCUUCUAUGUCAUAUACUUCGUGGUCUUCCCCUUCUUCUUUGUGAACAUCUUUGUUGCCCUCAUCAUCAUUACAUUUCAGGAGCAGGGAGAUAAAAUGAUGGAGGAAUGUAACUUGGAGAAGAAUGAGAGAGCCUGCAUAGACUUUGUUAUCAGUGCUAAACCGUUCACUCGCUACAUGCCGCAGAACAGACAGACCCUUCAGUAUCGACUGUGGCACUUUGUGGUUUCACCCUCGUUUGAGUACACCGUUCUGGUCAUGAUCGCACUCAACACUGUGGUCCUCAUGAUGAAGUACCACUCAGCACCAGCUGCUUACGACAUGGUCCUGAAGCACCUGAACUCAGCCUUCACUGUGCUCUUCUCUAUGGAGUGCAUCCUGAAGAUCCUGGCAUUCGGAUUUAUGAACUAUUUCCGAGACACCUGGAACAUCUUUGACUUCAUUACUGUGCUGGGAAGCAUAACUGAGAUCAUCGUAGACUUACAGUCGGUCAACACCAUUAACAUGAGUUUCCUGAAGCUGUUCCGGGCAGCUCGGCUCAUAAAGCUCCUGAGACAGGGCUACACCAUUCGAAUUCUGCUCUGGACCUUUGUCCAGUCUUUUAAGGCCCUGCCGUACGUGUGUCUGCUCAUCGCUAUGCUCUUCUUCAUUUACGCCAUCAUUGGCAUGCAGGUGUUCGGAAACAUCAAACUUAACGAUGAAAGCCACAUAAACCAGCACAACAACUUCAAGACAUUUUUCGGUGCCUUGAUGCUGCUCUUCAGAAGUGCAACCGGAGAGUCAUGGCAGGAGAUCAUGCUGUCGUGUCUGGCCGGACAGGAGUGUGAGCCCGAUCCUUCCAUCGCCCCGCCCUUCAUCUCUCCGGAUCAUGAAGGCGGCUGUGGCACUGACUUUGCUUAUUUCUACUUUGUCUCCUUCAUCUUCUUCAGUUCCUUCCUGAUGCUGAAUCUCUUCGUGGCUGUGAUCAUGGAUAAUUUUGAGUAUCUGACCCGGGACUCCUCCAUCCUUGGCCCGCAUCAUCUGGAUGAGUAUGUUCGCAUCUGGGGGGAGUUUGAUCGAGCAGCCUGUGGUCGUAUCCAUUACACUGCAAUGUACGAGAUGCUGACCCACAUGUCGCCCCCUCUUGGCUUGGGAAAGAAGUGUCCAGCCAAAAUAGCCUACAAGAGGCUGGUACUGAUGAACAUGCCUGUGGAUGAAGACAUGACUGUCCACUUUACAUCUACGCUGAUGUCCCUGAUUCGCACAGCCCUGGAUAUCAAAAUCGCCAGAGGAGGAGAAGAUCGGGUCCAGAUGGACAGCGAACUACAAAAGGAGAUAAGCGUGAUCUGGCCUCACCUCUCCCAGAAGACCUUGGACCUGCUGGUGCCAGUAAAUAAAGACACUGACAUGACGGUGGGGAAGAUCUACGCCUCCAUGAUGAUCAUGGAUUACUUCAAACAGAGCAAAGCCAAGAAGCUGAAACAGCAGGCUGAAGCACAGUUGAGCAGUCCUGCUCUUCCUCUCAUAUCCCACAGUGCAGGCUCAGCGCUGACCAGUGGUGGUUUUGUGGCUCUGAGCCCGAUAUCACCACAAGAGCUCCUGCUGCAGCCAGCAACACAACAGCAAGAAGAUAAUGAGGACUACCAAGUAUCCAUGGGGGAUGAACAGGAAAUGAAUGGAUUAUGGGAGGAGAAGAAGCCGCCCGAGCGUCUGUAUAGACCACGCCACAAGAGUUAUAAAGCAGCAGUGUCCUACUCAGAGCACCAGGCAGAAAGAGAGCGCCGUCGGUCUAAGGAACAGCGCCACCUACUGUCACCAAAAACCCGCUUUGACUCAAAUGAGAUGAGUUCGAAGUCCUGCUCCCGUUCUCCCAGUGAAGAGAGGAGACAUGAUCGCAACCCCCAGGGAAACAGCUCAGACAGUCCAGUCCCCUCCACCUCAGAGUCUAGCACCCCGAGUGGCAGGCGUCGUCUCUCUCAGACGCCCACCCACUCUCACCCGAACGUCUCCUACUCGCCCUUAGUGUGCCACACCCACCCUUCCUUACAGGCCGAAGACGAGGAUGAGGAGGAGCAAAGGGCUACCCCCAUUCUGGGCUGCUGCAGCAAUGCCUUAUGGGAUGAAAAUGCAGAAGAAGUAGAAGUCAGAGUGGAGGAAGAAGAAGCAGACAUGGAGCAAAUGGAAGAGGACGAGUUCGUGGGUUCGAGUGUACGCCGUUACCCCUCUGAACCCUACCUCGCCCUGCAGGAGGGGGAGCACAGCCCCGAUUCCUCCGGCCCCGUGGAGACUCUGACGUUCGAGGCGGCUGUGGCGACCAGCCUGGGUCGCUCCAACACCAUCACUGCGUCGGUGCGCACCAGAGCACGGCUCGGCUGGCACGUCCCGAACGGGCACUUUCGCAAACGCCUGGCGCAGAGCGUCUCCCUCGCCGGCGGUGAAGCUCUCAGUGACACGGAGGAUGAUAAAUACUGAGUACCGGGAGUUUGGAAGUAGGACUCGGACGCUGAGAUUGGCGACAGCAGCACCAGAGCUGCGCUGUUCGAUAAACUGUUCGUGUUGAAAUU